AUGUAUGACAUUUGGUGCAUUUGCGGGACCGCAUCUAGCUCCUUCGAGUACUACCUAAAACUGGAUCCCGCUGAACACAUCAGCCAUCCUCGCCACGGAUUCCCGGAUCUGGAGCUCCACGCAUGGCGAGCAUUUCUACCAUGUUUCUGCCGGGUGUGUGCAGCGGUAAAUGUCGGAACGAAGGUCGAGUCUCGCGUAAGUGCUCGAGCUCUACGGCUUGUCCUUCGACAGUGGAUUUGCAGAAUCCAGUUCCCUAGCGCUGAUAACCGCCUUCAAUACCCUAAACGGCUUCAACCUUCUCUCGUCUGCCCCAUACACACCCCUUGCAACCAGAUAUAUUUCGGUUCACAGGAGCAAAACAUCGUGCCUACGAACCUAGCAACGCAGAAAUCUGCUCUUCUCUCUCUCCCUUUCCUCCAUUCUUGUGAAUAUCAGAAGUAUUUAUGCAAGUAUUUAUACAAGUCUGUGCGCUUCGCUAUGAAUUACCUUCUAUCUCACCCUCACAGUACCUACUUAGCUCCUAUGCUAGUACGGCUGCCACUUUCUCAAGUCCAGUCACGUCCGUCCGGUGUAGGAGAUGAGCUUACCACACGGAUGCGAGUAGAUCCUGGAUGA